GCGUUCGCGACAAUGUUGUCAAGUUAAAAUUCGUCUGGCUUCAAAGAAUGGCGUCGCGCUUCAGUGGGGUGCUACAGUUAACUGAUUUGGACGAUUUUAUUACUCCUUCACAGGAAUGUGUCAAACCAGUCAAAAUCGAGAAGAAACCUGGGAGAUCUGUGGCCAAGAUUAGAAUUGAAGAUGACGGAACUUAUAUUCAGGUUAACUCGCCUGGAGAUGUGCAGAAGCUGGAGAAAGCUAAGAUUACUCUGAACGAUUGCUUAGCGUGCAGUGGCUGCAUCACCUCUGCAGAAAGUGUCCUAAUCACACAGCAGAGUCACGAGGAGCUGCUCAGGGUGUUAAAUGAGAAUAAGACUGGACUUCAGCAGAAGGUGAUUGUUGUGUCUGUGUCCCCACAAUCAAGAGCCUCUCUAGCUGCAAAGUUUCAUCUUAGUGUGACUGACACAGCAAAGAAGCUGAGUGCAUUCUUCAAAAGCCUGGGGGUGCACCAUGUUUUUGACACCACCUUUGCACGCAAUUUCAGUCUGUUGGAAUGUCCGCAAGAGUUUGUUGAGAGGUUUCAGCGUCAGGCUGAAGAUUCAAAGGCUUUUCCUAUGUUAGCAUCCUCCUGUCCAGGGUGGAUAUGUUAUGCAGAAAAAACACAUGGUGAUUUUAUACUGCCCUACAUCAGUACUACCAGAUCUCCACAGCAGGUCAUGGGCUCACUGGUGAAGGACUAUUUUGCCAAGCAGCAGAAUCUGAGACCUGAGCAGAUCUACCAUAUCACCAUCAUGCCUUGCUAUGACAAGAAGCUUGAGGCAUCCAGACCAGACUUUUACUUUUCUGAGUCCCAGACGCGGGAAGUGGACUGUGUUAUUACUUCAGGAGAGGUACUCCAGUUGCUGGAACAGGAAGGAGUUUCUCUGGCAGAAGUCGAUCCUGUACCUUUGGAUGCCUUUCAUGUUUCUAGUUGUGGCAGCAUGGAUGGAGAGAAAAUCUUUAGUCAUGCAGGAGGCGGGUCUGGUGGCUACUUAGAACAUGUCUACGUUUAUGCGGCAAAGGAACUUUUUGGGGUGGAGGUGAAAGACAUUGUCUACAAAGUUCUCAAGAAUAAAGACUUCCAGGAAGUGACUUUAGAGAAAGAAGGGAAAACCUUGCUGCGUUUUGCCAUUGCCUAUGGUUUCCGGAACAUUCAAAAUCUUGUCCAGAAACUGAAACGGGGCAAAUCACCUUAUCACUUUGUGGAAGUUAUGGCUUGCCCUUCAGGGUGUCUUAAUGGAGGUGGUCAGAUUAGAGCAAAUGCAGGAGAAACAAGCAAAGAACUCUUGCAGAGAGUUGAAGAGCUAUAUAAUUCUGUGCAGACUGAGAUUCCAAAGAAAAACACUGCUGUGGCCGAACUUUAUAGGACCUGGCUGGAAAGUAUAGGCCCACAGGAGGCCAGGAGACUGUUACACACCCAAUACCAUGCUGUUGAGAAGAGCACUAGCAGCCUUGCUAUCAAGUGGUGAUCCUCACUGCCUUAAAAUUCAAGACUACUCCGCAGCUAAUCUGCCUUGGCUAUAAGAAAAUUUCACAAAGAGCACUAAUUUGUUUUAAAAGAGGUGCUUUAUUUGUAGAAUAUUUGAAUAAAAAUCUAACAUUAUUGGGCA